CCCCGCGCGCGCUCGCGCGGGAGGGCGCACGCGGCGAGCGGGAAGGCGGUGGAGCGGCGCUGCCACCGGGCAACAAGUGAGGCGCCUCGCGUUCGCGGCCGGUGUCCUCUUCUCGGCCCUGGGGAGGGCACGGAGGUGGGACGAGACCUUACUCGGCGCCGCCCCGGCAUCACCCGCCCGCCCGCAGGUGCGGAGCCGCCGCGUGGAGCCGCGGGAGGGACCCGCACAAAGCAUGGUGGCCGCGGACGCGGCGGCAGGAAGGACCCGGCUGGGACCCGCGCAGCACGGAGAGAGAUCUGGAUACCAGCAAUGCAGCUGGCUGGUUUUGUCAGCCUCUCUCCCAAAGGAACAGCCAAGUGAAAUGGACAGAAACGAAUUAUAUGCUUUAAAAUUCAGCUCUGCCUAUUAUGUAGUUGGAAGAUAUGAGAAAUGAGUGUUGGACGCAGAAGAUUAAAGCUGCUGGGAAUUCUGAUGAUGGUAAACAUUUUUAUCUAUGUGAUUGUGGAAGUUUCAAAAAGCGGCAGCCAAGAGAAGAAUGCGAAAGGCCGUGUUAUUAUACCACAGGGCAAAUUCUGGAGAAAAUAUACUCCUCACAAAGCUUAUUGGAACAAACAGCAACAAAAACUUGAACUGCUGUACAACCCUAUUCUGGCCUUGCUCUCCAAUAUGACUGUGGAAGAGAACUUAGCUUUGAACUCUAGUGUUCUCAGUUCCUGUGAUCCUGACCCAUGGGUAUCUUCAGAAGUUAGUGACUUUGCAAGCUUGCCAGACAGAUUCAAAGACUUUCUACUUUAUUUGAGAUGUAGAAAUUAUUCUUUGCUAAUGGAUCAGCCAAACAAGUGCAAACAAAAGCCUUUUCUACUGCUGGCUAUUAAGUCACUUACACCCCAUUUUGACAGGAGGCAAGCAAUUAGGGAAUCCUGGGGCAAAGAAAUUAAAUCGGGGAAUGUGACAGUCAGAAGAGUCUUCUUACUUGGGCAGACCCCACCAGAGGAUAAUUUUCCUGAUCUUUCAGACAUGAUAAAAUUUGAGAGUGAAACCCACCAUGACAUUCUUCUCUGGAACUACAGAGAUACUUUUUUCAAUUUAACUCUGAAAGAGGUGCUUUUUCUCAAGUGGGUCAGCAGCAGUUGCGCAGAUGUCCAGUUUAUUUUUAAGGGUGAUGAUGAUGUUUUUGUGAAUACCCAUCAGAUCCUGGAUUACUUGAAGAGCUUAUCAAAGGACAAAGCCAAAGACUUAUUUAUAGGCGAUGUUAUCAAAGAUGCUGGACCUCAUAGAGAAAAAAAAUUGAAGUACUACAUCCCAGAAAGUGUUUAUGAAGGUUCAUAUCCUCCAUAUGCAGGAGGUGGUGGGUUUCUGUACUCUGGUGAUCUGGCAUUAAGACUGAAUAAUGCAUCUGAGCAGGUACUUCUUUACCCUAUUGAUGAUGUUUAUACUGGAAUGUGCCUUCAGAAGCUUGGUCUUGCUCCGGAAAAACACAAAGGAUUCAAAACAUUUGAUAUUGAAGAGAAAUACAGAAAUAACAUAUGUUCCUACACAAACUUAAUGUUAGUUCAUAGUAGAAAACCUCAAGAAAUUAUUAAGAUUUGGACACGCUUGCAAGAUCCACACUUGAAUUGUUGAAGUAAUGUGCAUUAGUUUCUGAAGUCCAAAUAACUUUCCAAGUUUGGGUCUGACUGACUUGGUGGACCAUUGAAGCUCUGUUUAACGGUUAAAUUUUCUCUGGGAACCUUUUCCUGUACUUUUGAAAAUGAGAAUAAUACCUAAGUUUGAGAGGAUGGUUUGAAUACUUGGUCCUUACUUUUCCACUGUCCUGGUGGUCAUUAUGUUUCAACCUUUGUCUUAAAUUAAUUUUAGAAAGGACUUCAAGGAUGUAAUUGGCUGUCAGUGACUGAUUAGCUGAAUUGGAAACACAAAUUUCCUACUACAAUGCAUCUUUGAUUAAUUGUGAUGGUGGAAGAUAAUUUCCUUGAAUACUAUUUGUGUGUGGAAACCACUGUAAAUUGAAAAUUCACAAAUUGAAGGAAUGUAGUUUUACUUCAAGUAGGAAACACUGUUGCAAGACGUACAGUUGAAUUUCUUUUUCAUUUAUAGAUUUCAGUCUUUUUCUACCCCAGAACAGUAUUUUCUUCUUUCCUUAUGAUCUUGUGCAAAGCGUGCCUGUCUGAAGGAUUUACAGCUUUAUUAAAUGAUACUUUUUUUUUCAAAAAUGGCAUAAUACUGUUUGAAACACCCCAUAAAAGAGCCAAAUACGUAAGGAAAAGCAAG